GUUCAGUCUUCUUUACCAUAUCUAUCACCAUGGCGUCCCGUCGUGUCGCUUUCGCUGUGGCGCUGGUCGCGCUGUGCCUGCUCGCUACCGCCGUGCACGCCAAGCCUAACAAGGGCAAGGGCAAGAAGAGCCCUAAGUGGCCUGACGCACCUGCUGGUGCUAUCGUCGCAGCUGCGGACCUUAUGGCCGCGGUGAACAAGACGACUGACGGCAAGGGCUACGCCUACCUGGUGCUGCCCAAGGGCGGCCCGUACAAGUCGUACAUCAUGCUGGGCGGCUCAAUGAAGGCGGUCUCGAUGGGGCACGUGCACUGGAUGAACGCCACCGCCAAGAACCCCAUCCGCCUGGGCCUGUUCCCCUCCGUGACGGCCGCCGGCACCGCCGUCCUGCUGAACCCCACCCUGACCUACAAGGGCUCCGCCACCUUUGAGCGCACCUGGAACGAGACUGACAUCGGCUACUGGGGCACUGACAUCACCACCUUCCUGACCCUGCUCAAGGCUGAGAUGCUGUACGUCAACGUGCACACCGCCGCCAACCCCGGCGGUGAGAUCCAGGGCACCCUCAAGUGCAAGAGCCCCUGCAUGUGGUCUUAAACAGGCCUCGGCACCCAGCUGAGGCUCCCGCGCGCUAGCCCCGGAAGCACUACUGCCGGGGAGGCGUAGGCCGUGGCUGACGUGGGCCGUGGCUGAGGCGUGAUGCCUCAUGGCUGUGGCUGCAUGCCGAGCUCUGCGGCGAGGCUGUGGUAGUGGCUCGCAGGCUCUUUGAGGCUCGUAUAUAUUUCGAACGAUGGAAGGCUCGACUUGCUCGACUGUGUGAAAUGCUGACUUUCGAAUGUGCAUAGCUAAGUCCCUUGUUGCUGCAUGCAUGUGUGUGCACACGGUAGCAAGCGCGGCAUGGAUCGGCGACCGUGCGUGCGAGGCGCUCGACAGAAUUGCAACACGUUUCGACCGACGAAGGCUGUGUGGCCUUUUGACAUAAUGGCGUGCGGCGUAGGCGCGCGUUUAUUUGCACGGGUGUGACGCUGACGGGUUUUGACACGGUGUAAACGCUUGACACGUGGAAACACGACGUGCUUUCAUCGGCACCUGUAACCUGGUCGCUGC